AUGUUUGUCCCGCGGCCAUUUAGAUGCUUUCUAUUCUGGCUCGUAAUCGCAUAUGUCACGUGUACGCCUUUUCCGACGCAGAAGAGCAGCCAUGCGAUCCGACAAUCUGAGGUGGGGGUGGUCACUGGAGUGAAAACGCGAGAUGGAAGCGGAAACGCUCAUAUUCGCCGUGAGGUCAGGGAUCUGAUGAACAACUUUCCAGACCAAUGGAGUCUUUACGUAUUGGCGCUUCAAAAGCUCCAUAAAACUCCGCAAAAUAACCCCAACUCGUUCUACGGUCUCGCAUCGAUACACGGCAGACCUUACGAGGUUUGGGGAGAUGCGAAAGGAAUCCCAUCCAAGGUUGGUAAAGCAGGCUACUGUCCACAUGGUAAUGAGUUGUUCCUGGGCUGGCACCGCCCAUACCUUGCGCUUUUCGAAGUGAGUGUUCUAUCCCCAGAACCGCCACGUUUUCUGCAAGAGUUGGAUAAGACAAAGACUAAACAAGCGCAGCAAGUACUAUCUGAACAUGUUCUCAAUAUCGCUCGAAAAGCACCCGCUGAUCAAAUGGAACGAUAUCUCACCGCAGCCAACGAGUUUCGCAUACCAUACUGGGACUGGGCUCAGGGCACUACCGCUGGCCCUGUUCCAGAUAUCUUUACAGCUCCCUACUUGACGAUCAUCGAUACAGACCGCACGCCAGUUGUGAUUUCAAACCCGCUAUAUUCAUACACGUUCGAUCCUGUACCCGAAGGAUUCGACAUGAAGUGGCGCCAAAUGAGCACAACGAUACGAUGGCCUGAGAACGACAGCCCUAAUGCGACGUCACAGCAAUCCAAGUUUGUAGAUGCCUUUAGAGCCCAGUCCAUCAACUUGAUAGUUCAAGUGGGAGUCGCCUUCCGAUCCAGCACUUUCUCACGGUUCUCAAGUAUACUAGAAGACCCACAUGGUUGGAUGCACGGUGUGAUUGGUGGCGGCUAUACCGCCAAAGAACCUUGGGCUGGUCACAUGUGGCCACUAGAAUACUCAUCUUACGAACCUCUCUUCAUGUUGCAUCAUGCCAACGUCGACCGAUUGCUUGCGUUAUACCAAGGAGCAUACCCUGAUAGAUGGAUGCAACCGUCCAAUAUAGGUCCACAUGGCAAUGUAUAUCUCGAGGAUUACCAGACUGUCAGUGCAGACACGGAACUUGUGCCGUUCAAGAAAGCACCCGGUCAGUUCCUCACUUUCAACGACUGUCGCAACACUUCGAUUUUUGGUUAUGCGUAUCCGGAAACACAGCGUUGGAACUUUGCAUCGGACGAAGCGUAUCAGAGAAGCGUUGCAGCGACCAUCACGAACCUUUAUGGCGGACGUACACGCGCACAAGCUCAAGUCCAAGUUACCGCCCAACAUAUGACGGCUUUCGGACAAGCACUAUUGGAUAACAACAACACGUACACAGAAUGGACUAUCGAAACGCAAGCUACUGCUUCCAGGCUGCCCCCGACGUUUAUGUCCGAUCCUAUAAUCGACUUGGGAAGUUGGAUGAUGCUGAUGCCCGAGCGCGACGAUGUGCGCACAAUGGACGUUCAAUCAAAGUCAGAGAACAAGAUGAACGGAACAACGAGUAUAACAACCUAUCUCGUUGAUCGAGUCAAUGCCAAUGAGUUGUCCAGCCUGGAUCCGAAUGACGUGGUACCGUACUUGAGCUCCUACCUCACAUGGAACGUCCACGAUGAACGUGGUGAUCGCAUUCCGUUUCCCGACGCCGAGACACUGAAAGUAGAAGUCUUCGGCACGCCCGCGCGCCUACCAGGCGACCCCAAUGCGCCGAUUGAGUACAGCGAAGGUGACGCCAUACCUUACCCAGAAAUCACGGCAGGCAGAACGGGUCGUGUGAGUAAGAACCCGCCAGGUAUGAUGCCUCCCUAA